AUGGUUUCUGACAAAUUUGACGCAAUUAAAGUUGGCACUGGCGAGGAUUUAGUCACUUUGACACGUUGGGUUAUCGCUCAACAACAAGAAGCACCUGAGGCUACUGGUGAUCUCACUCUACUCUUGACCGCCAUUCAAUUUGGCUGUAAAUUUGUUGCCUCCAAGGUAAAGCAGGCUGGUUUGGUUAACCUUUUGGGUUUAACUGGUACAGCCAAUGUUCAAGGUGAGGAUGUCAAGAAGCUUGAUGUGCUUGCCAAUGACAUCUUCCGUAACGCAUUGAUUGCCUCUGGUAAAGCCUGUUUGUUGGUCUCUGAAGAAGAUGAAAAUGCCAUGAUCAUUGAGAAUCCCGAUCAACGUGGCAAAUACGUUGUUACUUUUGAUCCCUUGGAUGGUUCCUCCAACAUUGAUUGUGGUGUUUCUAUUGGUACAAUCUUUGGUAUUUUCAAAGUGAAAGAUGAAAGCAACCCCAAUAUUAGCGAUUGUAUCCGUAGUGGCCGUGAAUUGAUUGCUGCAGGUUACUGUAUGUAUGGCUCUUAUUGUGAGAUGAUCCUGUCUGUUGGCAACGGUGUAAACGGCUUCACUUUGGAUCCCUCUAUCGGUGAAUUCAUCAUGACACAUCCCAAGAUCUCUUUGCCUCCUCGUGGUAAGAUUUAUUCCAUCAACGAGGGUAACUACAAAUACUUUGAUGAACCCAGCAAGAAGUACGUCGAUCAAGUCAAGCAAAAAUACAGCGCUCGUUAUGUUGGUUCCAUGGUAUCCGAUAUCCACCGAACAUUGUUGUAUGGUGGUAUCUUUGGUUACCCUGCUGACUCAAAGUCAAAGAAAGGAAAGCUUAGAAUCUUGUAUGAAGUAUUCCCCAUGGCCUUCUUGAUUGAACAAGCUGGUGGUAAGGCGACAACUGGUACUAUGAACUGUUUGGAUUUGGUACCUGAACACAUUCACGAUCGCUCUGGUAUUUGGCUCGGUUCCAAGGAGGAUGUUGAGGAUUUGGAAGCUUGCUAUAAGGCUUAG